GUUACUGUGAUGUGAUGUCGCUUGUGCGCAUGCGUGAACGAAAAACGUUUCGAAGCAAACAGAGAGCUCACGCGUGAAAGCCAUGGAUUCUCAGAAAGACAUUCAGCCCCCCAAACAACAGCCAAUGAUCUACAUUUGUGGAGAGUGUCACACAGAAAACGAGAUCAAGGCCAGAGACCCCAUCAGAUGCAGAGAGUGUGGUUACAGGAUCAUGUACAAAAAGAGGACCAAAAGAUUGGUCGUGUUUGAUGCCAGAUGAGAUCCUGCUGUUUUUUCUGUUAUAGUUAUCUUUUUUAUGUCUUUGAAUAUGUAAAUACAUGUGUACAAUUUGAUUAGGCAGUAAAGGGUCAAAACUGAGUAAAAUGCAGUUUUCAAAGUUUGUGA